UGGGUCAAUGGCGGAACAGCAGAAGAAACGCUUGGAGAGUGCCAUUAGCGAAAUGAUCGAGGACAUGUACCGCACCCACUUGCGUCGGAUGCAGUCCGCGAUGCAUCGCUGUGCGGCCAAGUGUUGCGACGACGAGCGCGGAACGCUGGAGACUGUGCAGAACUGCAUAGAGAAGUGCGCCGGACCUCUGAUGGAUGCCCAGGAUUAUCUGCAACACGAACUAGGACAGUUCCAAAACCGCCUGCAGAACUGUGUCAGGGAUUGUAACAGCGAUGCUCGCUCCAGUCUUCCCAGCAAUCCAAGCAACCGGGACAUGGCCCGAUCCCAGCACAUCUUCGAGGGCUGCACGGGCAACUGUGUGGACAAGCACAUUGACCUAUUACCCGCCCUGUUGAAGUCCAUCAAGCAGACCCUGGAGCGGGGUCCACCCAAACGGUCACCCAUACGGGACACCAGGUUGGAUAUCUGAAUUUUUUUUUUGUUCUGAAACUGGAAAACCACCCGGGAAGCUCGCUUCUCGGAGCAUUAAAUACACCAUUCGGGAGAUGUCAAUGA